AUGUCGGGUUGUCUCGACCAAAUUAACUGCAACUGCAAUAUUGACUUAGACGGGAAAAGGAAUGCUGUUGCUUCUGUCACCGCUGCUGCUCUUUUUUCCGUAGCUUGGUGGCUUAUGAUUGAUACCUCCGCUGUGUACGGAAAAGCUGAUUGGAACAACAUUUACUACAUUAUCACUGUUGGAAGCACGAUUGCAAUGUUUAUGGUGAACGCUGUGUCGAAUAGCCAAGUUCGUGGUGAGAGUUUGCAGGAGGGACUCCUGGGUACAAAAGGUUCCCGUCUAUGGCUAAUGGCAGCAUUCGUGCUAUCCUUCGCAUCGCUUGUAGCGGCCACUUGGGUACUAUUUAGUGACUAUGUCCUACUCACAGGAAACCACACCGUGUGGCCUGGAGUGGCGCUUUUCCUCACAAAUUUUAUCAUUUUCGUUUCGUCAUGUGUGUAUAAAUUUGGACGUACGGAAGAGAUGUGGGGGUGA